UUUGAGUAGUUCAGAUAAAUCCUCUAAAAUGGUUCUCAGUUUAUCGUGGUCUACGCCCCACUCAGUGUGCCCUCACCGAUCAGAUUCAAAUCAAUCAAAGUCAAAAGAUGGAUCAAAGAAAACUGGGUUAUCCGGAUUUAAUGCAAAUAAUCGGGAAAACAGCAAUGAAAGAGUGACAGUUCGAUCUAGUGGUUACACGUUUGACCCCAGGGAUUAUGGAGAAAGAAGGUCAAAUCACUUCACCAUGUUCAGAGCUGCCGUGUUCGACGAAUCUUCAUCCCAAAUUGGUUCCAACAGCGGGAACAAGUGGCAACCAGUCUCCGACCUGGAGUGGUGUCGGUUAUUCGACAGGAAUUGGCACAACAAGAGAAUCACUAUGUCGCACAGUGAGUCCUACAUGAUCGAGAGUAACGAGGGUAAACCUAAGAUACAGAGAAAGGGACAAGGAAAGAAAGGAAGGGGCAGGCCCAUGACUCGCCCUAUCAAACAGGCCCCCACCAGGGAUGCCGCUAGCAACGCCGACGACCGAUGAAUAAUCAGGACAAUUCAGAACUACCUCGUACUCGUGAGGUACCAAUGAAACCAAACCAGGCUCUAUGAGCUGAUAAACUGAAAUUCAACAGACGAACUUAUCACUUCAUCCAGGAAUUGAGCUCGGAAACUGCUCUGAACUUUAAAGUCUAGAACUUUUUUAGUUAGACGUUUGCAAUUGAGGACAUUUUUUAUCAGAGCGAGAAACUGCCAGGGUUCAAACAUUUGGCGCAUGAGGUUGCUUAGAGUUAGGUAACACACACGUGGGCUGCACGUUUUUGGGAGAUUUGAGUAGAAAUAUAACCGGCUGUCGGUUGACAGUCGGCUAUUAGCUGGUUAAUAGCUGGUUAACAGCCAGCAGGUUGGCAUUGUCCCUAAUAUUCCUAUUUUUACGUUAAUAGGGAUAAUAUUAUCCUGAAUGUCAGAAAUCCAUAAAAGACAAAGUAACUGAGAGGGAUAUUAAGUGUUAAACAGUUCCGUCUCUUCUAAGAGUUCAGAUGUGCACUAUUCUCAAUCAAAAUAUCUGUAGGUCUCUCUUGUGUUUCAGGUAAAUUCUUUGCAUAUCUAAGUCUUUGGAAAUUCAGAAAUUAUGAGUGCAGUUUUCAGAAAUGAAAGAAUUUGUAUUGUGGUAAAAUUUGAAGUUGCUUAUGGUUAGUUCCAAUCAAAUAAAGCGAAAGAAGGAUGUAGUUCUCUGUUAUCUUAACCGCCAACUUCAAAUUGUUCCACAAUAGUUGCCGAUCAUACUCAAAAUAUGCUCCCUAGCAGUAGAAAUUUGAAUUACAUGGCGAUUUUCGUAUAUCUGUAUGAUAAAACGAUUCAAGAAUUUAUAUAUUUUAGUAUCCAUUUUGUCAUCGUUUAUGUAAACGUUUUGAAUACAUGGUUAAAACUCAAAAGGCAAAAGGCCUGAUUGUUAACUUAUGCGAAGAAAAUUGUCAGAAAAAUCAUUAAUGCUAAAUGCUAAUUCUAUAAUUCUGUUAACAUUAUUGCUGAUUAUAAUGCAGUUAUGCAUAGUAUAUUGCUAAUUUGUGACAAUUAACCUGUCAUCGUUAUUGUCGAAAACCCAGAUUUGCAUGGUAUUUGAAUCUUAAUGUAAAUUGUAGAUAACGUUAUAAUUUAGAAGUUAAUCACACCAUCCCAA